AUGCAAAGUGAGCGGCGUCAAAACUUUAGGCAGCCAUGGUUUGAUAGUCAAUGUCAGCGCACACGAAAGCACGCUUUUAAACAGCUCCAGAAUAUUAGGAAGAACACCAACGAUGAAACCAAACAUGCCUACCAAACAGCCAAUACAGCGUAUAAGUCACUAUGCAAAGCAAAAGAAGCGGAGUACUACCAGCGUCUGGAGAUGGAAAUUGGUGAAAUAAGAGACAGUAAAGGUUUUUGGGAAAUGGCAAAAAAAUUAAAUGGAUUGAAUACCAGACAGGGAGGAAUCAAGGUAACCGCAUUGUCGCUUGGAGUACACUUUAAAGGACUACUUCAGCUGUCAAGCAGAACGCAGAUUAACUACGCACUGCCAUACGUGGAAAUAAAUGAGCUCGACGAACCGAUACGACUCAGCGAAGUCCAAGAUGCAGUCCGAAGGAGCAAAGUAAAGAAGGCCCCCGGUUUUGAUCGAGUUCCGGCCGAGUUCUACAAAAACGCCUCAACGGAGCUAAUUUCCCUAUUAACGCUGGUGUAUAAUCGCAUUUUUGAAGACCGUACGGCACCAGAGAGUUUCAAGCGCAACAUAAUUUUCCCGAUCUUUAAGAAAGAGAACCGCACAGCCGUAUGGGAUGGAAAAACCCUCUCUGAAUGGUUUGAGAUAAACAAGGAAGGAUGUCUGCUUAGUCCCUUACUUUUCUUCUUAUUCGUUGAUGACAUCACAGAAGGCCUACCGGAAGGAGUCUUAUUUGCAGACCAUCAGAUUAAAGUGCUCAUGUACGCACACGACAUGGUGAUGCUGGCAGGCAGUCCCGAAACGCUGCAAAAUAUGAUCAAUUACACCCACGCCUACUGUACCAACUGGAAUCUCCAAAUUAACCUGGACAAGUCAAAAGUUAUGUGCAUCAAAGAUCCCAGGGGACGCCUGGCCAGAGAUGAAAGAUGGACGUUGAAUGGUACCGAAAUUGAAGUGGUAAAGGAGUACAAAUAUCUGGGAACGGUCUUAUCAUCAAACAUGAGCUUCAAAAAACAUCUGCAACAAAAGCUAAAGGAUGCCAAAGUUGCACUGAACAGUACUUGGAGUUGUUUCCUGGCAAAGCAAGAAGUCAAGAGUAGCAAUGAAUACAAAUUAUUCGAAGCCACAUCAAAAGCCAUAAUGUGUAAUUCUGCCGAAGUCUGA